CAGUUAUGAGCAUGAGAACAAGAGAUAGAAGAAGGAGAGAGAGACAGAGAAUCACGAUGGUUGAGUUCAAAUGGAUUCAAAUGUCUUUAUUUCUGAUAGCGCUGCUUCACUUUACAGGAGCAGAUGAAAACGAUCCCCCCUCCUUCAUCAUCAGAGUUGGAGAUGAAGUCACUUUGAGUUGUGAAAAUGUGACAGACGGUCAGCAAAACUGUGAAUAUACUACAUGGCUGUUCAGUGAUUCAGAAAACACAACAGUAGAGCUGUUUGAACUUGGAGAGAUUGAUGAAAAAUUCAAAACUAAAUCAGACAGACUGAGUGUUACAGCGAACUGUUCUCUGGUUAUAAAAAAGGUCACAGUCGAGGAUGUUGGUCGUUACGUCUGCAGACAGUUUAUAUCAGGACAACAACAAGGUCCAGACUCUCUGGUUUAUCUGUCUGUUAUUACCAUGACUGAACAUAAGGACGCUGAUAACGUGACAUUAAACUGCUCUGUGUCGACAUUUGAACCAUGUACACACACAGUGAAGUGGCUGCAUGAGGGUCAACAUGUGAAUACUACGGAAUCUACCUGCUAUGCUUCUGUUACCUUUCAGACUUCUCAUUACAUUUACACAUCGAACUAUAACUUACUGACAUGUGCAGUGACUGAUGAUUACUCUGGGAUAGUGCAGCUGUUUCGCUUCGGACUUCAGCCCUCAGGUGAGGACACAGUAACAACAGCAACAACAGAACCAACAACAAUUAAAAAGAGCAUAAAAGCAGGAACCAACACAACAGAGUCUGCAAUCAAUGACACUUCAACAGAAAUAAAAGCUCGUACAGAUUGUUCUGUUCUGAACUACAUAAUGUUGGUUAUGCGUGUGGCUGAACUCCUCCUAAUUACUGUGAUUACUGUUCUUCUCAUCAGAGCUCGAGGGAACCAGAGACCACCUGAUGACAUCACUGUGUAUCAUGAUGAAGAGGAAGAUGAUGCUGUGGUGCAACAUGAACACUUUGGAGAAACUUCUGCCUCUGUCAGACAACAACGUCCUUAUCGACACCAACUCAUCAGAUAAAAGACUCACUGCAGCUAAAUAACAUCACAUUUCCACUGGUAGUUGAAGUCUUCAGCUAAAAACAAGACCAGUUUUGAGCAACUGAUUGUUUUUAUUUGCUAAGGUGAGAAAUGUUUGUGUG